AUGGCCUCGAGCCCACCUAUGAAGGAGAUUCGUCCAAUCCCAUUUCUUCACCCGACACAAGCAAUCUAUAGCGGUCUUCCUCAAGCCGAAUCAGCGUUCACGUGUCCCGCCGACAAGAAACCGCUGCCCGGACAUGUGCAGUACAAAUGGACCAGCCGAGAUAAUCGCAAGGGAAGACACACCCUCGUCGUGCCACGAGCCUCUCCCCACAACGUCGCAACCCCACCACCGACAACGACAUUCAAAGCCACGCUUCACGGCCUCUGGCGAAUGCUGACCUACUACCCCUACUGGGACAUCUCCUACCUAGUCGCCGUUUUCUUCACACUCGGGAGUCUCGUUUGGGUCUUGAACUCCUUCUUUGUAUUCCUCCCUCUGGCAAAUCCUCGCAGCAAUUUUCCUGGCGAGGUUCUCUACGGCGGUGGCAUCACGGCCUUCAUCGGAGUCAUCAUUUUCGAGAUUGGAGGCGCCCUGGCAGUUUUGGAGGCUGUCAACGAGAAUCGAGAACGUUGCUUCGGCUGGGCGGUCGCGAGGCUGUACGCAGGGCGGAAGAGUGUCGACGGCGAGAACGAUGACGACGACGACGCUGUGAAGAUCUUGCCUCUCCUCGAUCCAAAACCAAUGCACACCUAUUCCUGGCACCCAGUCAUCCCGUCCCGGCGACGCCGAAAGCGCUGGGUCUGGUGGCCCUCUCCCGAAGCUCUCAGAAUGCACCAUUCCCGCUCCAUUGGUUUCCUCGCCAGCCUGAUCCUCUUCGUCUCCGCCACCAUCUUCUUCAUCUCCGGCUUCACCUCUCUACCCGGCAUAAUCAACACCAUGAACCGCACCCAAACAUGCAUACUCUAUUGGGUACCGCAACUCAUUGGUGGCGUGGGCUUCGUCGUCUCAGGAUGGAUGUUCAUGAUCGAGACACAGCAGCAUUGGUGGAAGCCUGCUGUCGAUGUCCUCGGGUGGCACGUUGGAUUUUGGAACUUCGUGGGAGGAAUCGGGUUCUUGCUGUGUCCUUGUUUUGGGUUUGAUAGUCAACCUUGGGCGCAGUAUCAGGCUUGUUUGGCGACGCUCUGGGGGAGUUGGGCGUUUUUGAUUGGGAGUGUGGUGCAGUGGUAUGAAUGUUUGGAGAAGAAUCCGGUGGUGGUGGCGAGGAGGUGA